UGGUGACCAGACAUCAGUGUGAAAUUCAUUUACCGAGUACUUCAGGUGAAUGCACGAGCUUCCAUUAUAACAUGUGUAUCAGCACUGAGUUAAUAUUAAUCGUGGUUUAAAGAAAAAAGCUAACCGCAAACUUUGCCGAAGUCUGUCAACUCGGGGCUUUUACUACUGCACUCGUUUUCCUGAAAUCAAUUGACACCGAACUAUGGCUACGCGCAUACGACCGAGUAGUAAACGAUGUGCAGUCAUUGGUGGUUCAGGGUUCCUUGGGAGAUACCUGGUGGAGCAGCUCGUUGAUCGGGGUUAUAGUGUCUCAGUGUUUGAUAUUCGUCAGGGUUAUGAACUCCCUGGAGUCACCUUCCACCUUGGGGAUCUGUGUGACAAACAAGCUUUGCUUGCAGCUCUGGAGGGUGUGUCCCUGGUGUUUCACUGUGCCUCACCUGCUCCUUCCUGUGAUGACCGCGCCCUUUUCCAACGUGUCAAUGUUGAUGGGACAAGAAUCGUGCUGCAAACCUGUCAGGAAGCAGGGGUCCAGAAAGUGAUCCUGACCAGCAGUGCCAGUGUGGUGUAUGAAGGCACUGACAUCAAGGAUGGCAAGGAGGAUUUGCCCUAUGCCAAGAAGCCUAUUGAUUAUUACACCGAGACCAAGAUCCAGCAGGAGAAGCUGGUCCUGGAGGCCUGCGACACUCAGAAGGGUUUCCUCACUGUUGCCAUUCGUCCCCAUGGGAUCUUCGGCCCUCGGGACCCCCAGCUUGUCCCAAUCCUGGUGGACACAGCCCGUCGAGGAAAGAUGAAGUUCAUCAUUGGUGAUGGAUCUAACCUGGUGGACUUCACCUUUGUUGAGAAUGUUGCUCAUGGACACAUCCUGGCUGCUGAGUGCCUACGGCCAGAAUCCCCCAUUUGUGGCAAGGUGUAUCACAUCACCAAUGAUGAGCCUGUGCGCUUCUGGGACUUCAUGUCCCAGAUAUUGGUGGGGCUGGGGUACGACGCCCCCAGAUACCACCUACCCUACCGGCUUGUGUAUGUGCUGGCCAUGCUACUCUGGCUGCUGGUUCUUUUCCUUCGUCCCAUUCUACAGCUCCGACCCACCUUCACCCCCAUGCGUGUGGCCCUUGCCGGCACACACCACUAUUACAGCUGCACCCGUGCCAAGCAGGACUUAGGCUACCGUCCUCUGGUCAGUCUAAAGGAUGCCAUCACCCGCACUGUGAACAGCUACACUCACCUCCGCAGGGUGGCCUGACCAGAGCUUUCUCCAUCUACACCAUGAUGUGUGUGUGUGUGUGUAUGUGUGUAUGUGAGUAUGUUUGUAGCGUGGAUUGAUAGGUUGAUUGAAGGAAGCUGGAAAUAAACUACUGAUUAUGAGAAUG